AUGGACGACUUUGCCCGGCCCGCCCUGGUCAUCGACUGCGGGUCCGCCUUCAUCAAGGCCGGAUUCGCGGGCGAGGUCAGCCCCGCGGUUCGGGACCCGUCCACCGUGCCGCGAGCUGCGGGACUGGAGCCGGGGCCCCCGCUCGUGCCCGUCAAGCAUGGCAUCGUCCAGGACUGGGAUGCCAUGGAGCAGCUCUGGCUGGAUGUGACGUACAGGCGGCUGCAUGUCUACACCUCCGACCAGCCUGUCAUCCUGACCGAGCCGCCCCAGAACAGCCCAGAGUCCAGGGAGCAGGCUGCCGAAGUCAUGUUUGAGAGCCUGGACGUGCCGGCGCUGCACAUAGGGGUGCAGGCCCAGCUGGCGCUGUAUGCCGACUAUGCUGCCCGACAGGCCAUGGGCUCUCAGACGAGCUCGGCGAGCCUCACAGGCCUAGUGGUGGAGAGCGGGGAGGGGUGCACCCACGUGAUCCCCCUGGUGGACGGCUUCCUCCUGGCUUCCGGCACACGCUCCAUGCCCCUGGGGGGCGCACAGCUCACGCGGCACAUCCAGGCGCUGAUGCGAAAAGGGGCUGCCCCACCGCCGCCUGACCAGUCCCUGGAGAUAGCGGUAGCGGUCAAGGAGAGGCAAUGCUUUGUCGCGGCCGUCGGGGGCGGGCCCUGGAGCAGCGCCAGCAGCAACCAGGUCCCCGGCAGCGUACCAGACGGUCCAUUCAAGGUGGGGCGGCAUGGACUGGCGACGGGGCAGCCGCUGCGCAUCCAGUUGGGGGAGGAGAGAUGGCGGGGCCCCGAGCUCUUUUUCGACCCCGGCGCCUUCACCAAAGAUGCCACGCCCAGCCUUCCAGACCUGAUAGAUGAUGCCAUCCAGGCCUGCCCCAUUGACACUCGGAGAGCCCUGUAUGGCAACAUCGUCCUCAGCGGAGGGAGCACCCUCUUCAAGGGCCUGGCUCGGCGGCUGGAGACCGAGGUGCAGGCGCGGGUGGCUGCCAGGGUCCAGGGCCGAGCACCUGCCAGCCAUGCAGCCGCCACCGGGGUGGAAGUUCAUGUUGUGACCCAUCCCAUGCAGCACUUUGGUGCCUGGUUUGGCGGCUCGGUCCUGGGGGCCAGCGAAGCCUUCCGAGAGGUCGCCAUCACGCGCGCAGCCUACAUGGAGACAGGCCCAACCAUUGUGCGCAACAACGUGGUGCACUCAGAUUGGUAG